CGGAUCGGACUUAUCUGAGUGGUUGUGGCCCUUGUGGGUGGGCGUGGGGAAUUUCACUCUUUGCGGUGAAAAUUCUGACUGAGGCUGGCGUUGCUGGGCGAGCCCCAGUUGUCACAGCAGCAGUGAUCGCAAUUCUUUUUUUUUUUUUUUUUUUAAUUGCAACCUGCUAGGUAGUAGCUAUGGCGGCUUCAGCUCAUCACUUGCAAGCUGCCUUCAUCUCGCCGUUGUCUUCCUCCACCAUCAGCGGAGAAACUCCAACGAUUAGCGAUGGAUGCAGCGCUGAGCGCAGGUCGCAGCUGAGGGGAGAAGGGAGGAAUUCCCUCUCUCGAUCCUUCGUGCAUGACUGUCAUCAGUGCCGGUUAUCGACCUCCUCCACCUCCUCCUCCUCCUCCUCCUCCUCCUCCUCCUCCUCCUCCUUGUCCUCCUCCUCAAGUUCCUUCUCAUCACCAUCGUUCUUCCAGGUACCGUUUGCGCCCUCGGGUUCGUUAUCUGUCUGUGGGGGAGAUGGGGGAGAUGGGGGAGAUGGGGGAGAUGGGGAAGUGGUUAAGGGUAGGAGAAGCCGAUUGGGGAAAAGCAAUCCCCUCCUUCGCUCUCUCUCUGGCUCUGGUGGUUGUCUCGGGGCCGCGGAGAAUCGAACCCGCAGCUUCCGCCUUCAAGUUGACAUGGCGGUGCAGCGUAUCCGAGCGAUCAGGGCAAGCGAUGCAAUGCAGGGGAUCGCAAAGAGAAAGAAGAGAGAGAGGAGGGAGGAGAGGGAGGUGGUGAGCAUUGAAACAGGAGCGGUAGUAACUCGCCGGCUGGAGUGUGGGAGAAGGAGGGAGGUGAUAGCGGCCAGUUCCAAAAACGACAGUCGAACCGUCGUCGCGACCACGGUUGGCUAUUUUGAAGGUGUGGAGGACGGUUCAAGUUGGGAGAAGGAGGUGGAUGACGAUGGUUCUGGUUCCCCUCUCGAGAGCACUUCUCCUCUCGUCGGAAGAGGAUUCGACAGAUCCGUUCAGAUCGACGACGAUGGCCGCAUUGCCGUCCGUUAUCCCACCGGUGACGUCAACGAAAUCUCCAUAGCCAGCGUCUCUUCGUCUCGUUCUCCCUCGACCUUGGCUCAUGGCCAGGUGCUCCUCCCUUCCUCCAUUCUCCUUCAACGGCAAGAGGACGACGAUCCUUUCUAUGGUGCUUACCCAGCACCACUCCCACCUUUACCCACGUCCUUAUCUUCAACGAUAUCCCCAUCCUUGUCGUCGUCUUCAUCGUUUUCCUCAUCGCUAUCGCCAUCGCUAUCGCCAUCGCUGUCGUCGUUGUCAUUACCGGAGGAAGGAGGAGGAGAGGAAGAAGCUGGCUGGGCGCCUGCGGGGGCAGCGGUAGGAAUGACAGCACAGGGGGCGCAGGAGGUGGAAGAGGGGGGCGAGAGGGAGGGGGGGGAGGAGGAGGAGGAGGAGGAGGAGGAGGAGAUGGGAGUGCAAGACACACCACUGGCCAGCACGUUUGAGCACAGACUGUGGGUGGCUGCAACGGCAGCGGCUUUGGGAGAUAUCAUCCUCCAAUGCAUGGACAGCGUCCAUGACUUGCCCUCCCUCUCUGCUGCCGGGAUCGGGACGGUAGCUGGCUAUCUCGUCGCCGACUUGCUCACCGGUUUCUAUCACUGGGGAAUCGACAAUUACGGUGAUGCCAACACUCCGGUCAUCGGAGCUCAGAUCGACGCCUUUCAAGGCCAUCAUCAGCGUCCAUGGACAAUCACGCAACGGCAAUUCGCUAACAACACUCACGCCAUCUGCAAGCCUGUACUGGCUUUCCUCGUGCCCUUUCUCCGUCUUCCACUCUCUGUCUCCUCUCCUCUUUCUCUUCCUGCGUCUCCUCUUCUUCCUACUUCUCCUACUACACCACCUCUCUCCCUCUCUCUGCUGCAGAAAUACGUAGAGAGCAGUCCUUUUGGACGUGGCAUGUCCCACAUGCAUCCCAUGCAUGGGCCGCACGUCGAUCAUCAAAAUCACGUCGGCCAGUUGUUCGUCAGCAGCGGCGGAAAUCACGUCGUUCUUGGCCAUUUGUUGCACGGCCCGGCUUCGUGGCAUGCAGAGGCGAUGGCGGCAGCAGCUGGCUAUGGCUUUCUUUUCGCUGCCGUCUCCUGCAUCGUGCUCAGUCAGCAGUUUCACGCCUGGGCUCAUUCGAAGAAGAGCCAGCUGCCAUGGAUCAUCUUGCAGCUGCAGGAUGCAGGGUUGCUCGUCUCCAGGCGAGAACAUGGGCUUCAUCAUCGACCACCUUACGAAGGCCACUACUCCAUCGUCAGCGGCAUCUGGAACCGGUAUCUGGACGAGAACAAGGUCAUGUACAGGCUAGAGAAACGAAUUUACCAGAUCUGGGGAGUGGCUCCCCGAAGCUGGCUGCCCACAGAUAAAUCCUGGCUCGAAGAGCGCAGAGAUGGCGAGGACGAAGAAGGCGAGGAAGUGAAGUAGUUUGUGUAAAUACAAAAGGAUUGGCAAUUUGGCAUGAUAUGCGUGAUCAGCAGCAGCCGAUUACCUGCUGGAGCUCUCGAGAGACUUCCAGCAAACAGAUAAGAACCUCCGAAAGCGUAGGGGGCUGGAACAGUACGGCGGCUACGGCCCGACAAGCGAGGAGUCGAGGACGGAGAUCAGUCAGGAGAUUGGAAACAAUAGAGAGCAGGAGGAGCAGGAGGAGCAAGAGGAGCAGCAGGAGGAGCAGGGGAGGAGCAGCAGCAGCAGCAAGAGGAAGAGGAGGGGGAGGAGGAGGAGCGACCAUGAUAUCAAGGGAAGAUUGGAGGAGAUUCACUAAGGUCUUCAUCAGUCGCAGAGACCAACGGCUGCGGCUUUCUGUGCGUUCGUCGGUUUGCGCAUCAACUUCAAGUCUUUGAGGUGUUCUGACAACAGUCCUUCAGCAGGGAAAAGAAGGCGAGGAGAGAGAGAGAGAGAGAGAGAGAGAGAGAGAGAGAGAGAGAGAGAGAGAGAGAGAGAGAGAGAGAGAGAGAGAGAGAGAGAGAGAGAUUAGCACUCGCAACAUCAUUCCAAGAAAGAGCACGCUGCCAGAGGGAGGAUUAUGUUGCAUGCUGACGCCGGUUCCAGCUCACCACCACACUUCUGCCUCCAAGAAGUUAGACUCCUCUUCUCGCUUCUCUCUCUCUGUGUGUGUGUGUGUGUGUGUGUGUGUGUGUGUGUGUGUGUGUGUGUGUGUGUGUGUGCGUGCGUGUCUGUGUGUGCGUGCGUGUCUGUGUGUGCGUGUGYGUGUGYGUGUGYGUGUGUGUGUGUGUGUGUCAAUUUGCACAUGUGAGCAGCACUCAGUUUGGCCAACUUCAAUGUGGUCAGCUGAGAUCGGUUUCGACUCUCGAUCAGUCGAUGAAGUCAGACUUCGCUUUCCGUUAUUUUGUCACUGCUCACUUCACAAGUAAGGCGCAAAGGAGAACCUCGACGGGGGAGCUGUCAUGGGCUUGCAACGGGCAGCCCUUGCAUUCAAUACUUGUCACAGGUGAGACAGAAGGGUGCAAACAUCAGCUCUCCGGCCCGGCGAGCCAGGCGGACGCUCCCAGUCUCAGCCAUCCUUGGAGCCCUAGGAAGUCUCAGACUGGGGGUGCACAGGACCUGUGUGCAAGACCUGCUGGGCCUGGCCAGAAGCUUGACCAGCACGCUCCAGAAGUUUCGGUCAUUGUGGGACCUGGAAAUGGACCUGGUUAUAGACCCGGACGUGGAACUGAAACUGCACCUGGACCUGCACCUGCACCUGGAUCUGGACCUGGACCUGACCUGGACCUGAAACUGGGCUUGGAACUGGCCUGGAACUGGACGUGGAACUGGAAUGAAACUGAGACGGGAACUGAACUGGACCUGGACCUGAAACUGGGCCUGGAACUGGACCUGGAACUGGAUGUGGAACUGGAAUGAAACUGGGACUGGACCUGGUUAUAGACCCGGACGUGGAACUGUAACUGGAACUGCACCUGCACCUGCACCUGCACCUGGAUCUGGACCUGGACCUGACCUGGACCUGAAACUGGGCUUGGAACUGGCCUGGAACUGGACGUGGAGCUGGAUGAACCUGAGACUGGACCUGGAACUGGAACUGGACCUGAAACUGGGCCUGGAACUGGACCUGGAACUGGAUGUGGAACUGGAAUGAAACUGGGACUGGACCUGAAACUGAGCCUGGAACUGGACCUGGAACUGGACGUGGAACUGGAAUGAAACUGGGACUGGACCUGGAACUGGGCCUGGAGCUGGACCUGGAACUGGACCUGGACUGCGAGCCUGUCCUGCAGCAUUGAAGUGUUACAAUUCUUGUCUUUCCCAGACGGGAAAGGAAGACGAUUGAACGUUCCACGGUUCCAGGAGCUUGACGGUCACCCAGGAAUGGAGAACACUUCAAAAUUUCACAAUCUUGGAAUGGAGGACGGAGGUGGAAUGAAAGAGACUCCUGGAACAGAGAGAGAAAGGAAGAUUCCAAAGGUCCAUGCAGCUACGUGGUGUUCUACAUAUCAACCGGUCAAGGGCCCACCACGGAAGACCAGUUCGUCUGCAAAGAGGGGUUGAAUGGGGGUACCUGGGUACCUUAGGUCACUAAGGUCGGAUCAUCUCUGGCCUCGGAGUAUCAGAAGAAGCAUGGUAAGCACACAGGCCUAUGGGGUGGGGGAGGUGGCCGCCCAGUCAGCAACCUUGCUCCAAUAGACGACCCCUCCGCAAGGCUGUGACCAAGCAUGGGGAAAGAUACAGAGUGACUGUCUCAGGCUGACAACUUGAAUGCCUGACAUACUGUGGCUGACACCGUGACCCCUAUACAUAGGUCUAUAAACCUAUCUGAUCUAUCUGCCGAUAGAUCUAUUUUUAUCUUUUAUUAUUUUUUUUUACAUACGAAGAUAUGUAGAUAGAUUGACCUAUCUAUACAUCUAUAGAUCCAUGUGUACAUCUAGAGAGCUAUCUAUAGAUGUAUGGAUUUAUCUAUACAUCUAUAGAUAGAUCUUUAGAACCAAUCAUAUUUGGUUUUCCAUUUUAACAUUUUACUUCAGAUUCUAAUAAGAAAUUUAACAUGUGUCCCAGCGA